GUUGCACACGAGAGAGACGGACGCCGACUGCAGUCCUUUCUCAAGCAGUUAUCAGACGACAUCGAAAUCAAUUGACUUUGGAGAGCUUCAUCCAAUAACACCAAAAAUCCCAACCAUGGCCAUCCCAGGAGGUUCAUCGCCCGACACUUUUACCAGCUCAGGCACAUCAGUCCUCACAUCACGUCCCUCACAAUCCGACUAUGACCCUUCUGUUAGUGGGGACGAGAGGCUUCGCAGCUCUCUACAAUCCUCACAUAAGCAAAAGUCCAAGUCCGGGAAGCCAAGGUGGUUUACUCAAGUUAAGGACUGGCUUUCUGUGAGCGAGCCGUCCGCGCAGGCCAUGAAGGAGCAGAAGAGGAACACGUACAAGCGACAUGGCAUUGAUAUGAACGACCCUCGGGCAGCAGCCAAGUUGCAUUUGCCAAUUGGAAAGAUCCCCGAUAACGCCAUCACUUCUACGAGCGGCCCAAGCCCAGAAAAGGCACUGAAGCGAGCACAGCAGCAGCAACAACAGUCGAGACAGUCUUACUCGGGGCUUAGCCAAUCGUCGCACUCGAUGUCGAGCAGUAUCUACUCGGUCCCGAGUGCCAAGGAAUUCAACCCGGUCACACCAUGGGACACUUGAAUGCCACUUUUGAUCUACACCUAAUGAUGAAUGAGGACCUGGAGGGAGCAUUUCUUUACCUUGAUUUAUUUCCUAUGUCAUAAACACAGCCCGGAGUCAAUGGGGGAAAAGGAGUCUGGAACAAUGGAGAUGGGAUUUAAUAUACCCAACAAUACCUAGCUGACAAUGGAAUUGCACGACGAGAUACACACCGA